AUGGAGAUUGAAGACUCUUUUGUUCUAACUGAUUUUUUGUUUCAAUUUCUAGACACGUAUGCAAUGGAAGUAGAGCAAGGGAAGACUUACCUCCUGAGAAUCAUCAAUGCUGCCCUCAAUGACGAGCUUUUCUUUGCCAUUGCGGGUCACAAUUUGACAGUAGUGGAGGUUGACGCUGUUUAUACAAAACCAUUCACCACUCAGGCUCUACUAAUUGCACCUGGUCAAACCACAAACGUUCUGGUCCAAGCCAACCAAGUUGCAGGAAGGUACUUCAUGGCCACCAAGGCUUUUAUGGAUGCUCCAAUUCCAGUUGACAACAAAACUGCCACAGGUAUACUGCAAUAUAAAGGCAUUCCAAACACUGUCCUCCCCAUCCUUCCGCAGUUGCCAGCUAGCAACGACACACGUUUUGCUUUGAGUUACAACAAAAAAUUAAGGAGCCUAAACUCUGCUCAGUACCCAGCUAAUGUUCCUCUAAAAGUUGAUAGAAACCUCUUUUACACUAUUGGCUUAGGCAAGAAUUCUUGCCCAACAUGCCUCAAUGGAACCCGGCUACUUGCUUCCUUAAACAAUGUAUCUUUUGUGAUGCCACAAAUUGCACUUCUCCAAGCUCACUACUUCAAUAUUAAGGGGGUUUUCAGGACUGAUUUUCCUGACCACCCUCCAAGCCCUUUCAACUAUACUGGUGCACCGCUAACCGCCAAUCUUGCCACUUUAACUGGCACGAGAGUUAGCAAGAUUGCUUUCAAUUCCACAGUGGAGCUAGUUUUGCAGGACACCAAUCUCCUCAGUGUUGAGUCACAUCCAUUCCAUCUUCAUGGCUAUAACUUUUUUGUUGUUGGAACUGGGGUUGGUAACUUUGAUCCUGCUAAAGACCCCGCUAAGUAUAAUUUGGUAGAUCCUAUUGAGAGGAACACAGUUGGGGUUCCAACCGGGGGUUGGACUGCAAUUCGUUUUCAGGCAGAUAAUCCAGGUGUUUGGUUCAUGCAUUGUCAUUUGGAGCUGCACACUGGUUGGGGGUUGAAAACGGCUUUCGUUGUGGAAAAUGGACCAGGACAAGAUCAAUCUGUUCUGCCUCCACCAAAGGACCUUCCAACUUGCUAACCAUCCACGAAAACUUAGCCAAAGAGAAUUCGAAUUUAACAAUUUCAAUGUUUUUUACUUUAUCUUUCUGCCCAACCGUCCUGUGAAUGUUGCAGAAGGUUGUUAAUUGUGAUAUAAAAUGCGCAGAAGCUUGUGAUUUCAAGGAAUUCUUGUAAUUAAAUUUCGAAAACAAGAAUAAUUGAUUGAUUC